AUGCUAUGGCAUUUGGUAUUUAUUUUGAUUGCAAUACUUUUAUUGACAUUCUCUCCUAAAAUCGAAUCUUUAUUCAAAUCUUUUACCAUCAAUAAACCAACUAAAACAACAUGUUAUCAAUAUACCACUCGUGAACAACUUAAAUCAAUACUUGAAUCAGAUACCCAUGAGACAAAUUUUUGUAUUGAAAAACCUUCCAUAUCACCCCCAAAAACAAAUUCUACAUUGUUAAUGUUAUGUCGAAAUUCUGAUGUCUUCUCCGUAUUAGAAACCAUUCAAAACAUUCAGGAUCGAUUCAAUGAUAAAUACAAUUAUGAUUACACGUUUUUAAAUGACGUUCCCUUCAAUUAUGAGUUUAUUUAUUUAGUAUCAUCAAUUAUCCCUCAUGGGAAAAUCAAUUUUGGUCUUAUACCAAUUGAACAUUGGUCAUAUCCAUCACAUAUAAAUAUAUCAUUAGCUACUGAAAUCAGACAAAAUUAUGCUAAUGUCCCUUAUGGAGAUUCAGAAAGUUAUCGACACAUGUGUCGAUUUUAUUCUGGGUUUUUUUAUAAACAUGAAUUGGUCAAACAAUAUCAAUAUUAUUGGAGAAUAGAACCUGGCAUUAAAAUAUAUUGUGAUAUUGAUUAUGAUGUGUUUGAAUAUAUGAUAAUUAAUGAUAAAAAAUAUGGAUUUGUGAUUUCAUUAUUUGAAUACUCGGAAACUAUUCCUACGUUAUGGAAUCAUGUUGUUCAAUAUAUAAAUGAUAAUGAAAUCAAAUCAGAAUUGUUACCACUUUUGACUAAUAAAUAUAAUUGGUAUAAUUUAUGCCAUUUUUGGUCGAAUUUUGAAAUUGCAAAUCUUGAUAUAUUUAAUAAUGAUGAUUAUGAAAAUUUUUUCCAAUAUUUGGACAAUUUAGGAGGGUUUUAUUAUGAACGAUGGGGUGAUGCUCCAAUACAUUCCAUUGCUAUAGCAUUGUUCUUACAAAAAAAGGAUAUUCAUUGGUUUGAAAAUAUAGGCUACUAUCAUGUUCCAUAUCUACAAUGUCCUCAAGAUAUUGACUUGUACGUCAAGAAUAAGUGUACUUGUAACCCCGAUGAAGAUUUUACAUGGAGUGACCUUAGUUGUACUAACCAUUUCUUGAACAUUCUACAUAAUUGA